AGCAAAAGUAUUAAAGACAAUUUCAAGUAAACAAUAACAAAUAAUUAAAAUGGAUAAAGAUGAUGACGAUAAACGAAUACGAAAUCAUAUAAUCUUGGCGCCAAAUGAAGAAUAUAAGCAGAAAGUGUUCAAGUUUAUGGAGCUAUCAAUGCAGCGCAGAAAGAAGAUAAUGCUGCUUACGCAGAAAAACACGAAUUUUACCGACGGCCUGCAAAAACAAUUUCCCACGACUCCUAUACAUUUGCUGAUUAAAGUCUUGUUCAAUCGCAUAGAACAAGCUCCGACUCGUCUGGCGGAACUCUCUGGUUGUACUCCGCGUCCAGACGUAGUCAUAUUUGAUAUGGAGUCGCUUAUAGGAGAGCUCCUCAGUCGUCCUAUACUGCAGCAAUGGGAUAGGCAGACAACUGUGCGUCUCAUUGCCAGGCUGUCUGCAGCCUUUUCCAACUACAGUGAAGUAUUGCAUUUGUGCGUUCCAACAAAGAUUGUGGAUUGCAUUGUUAUAAUGCCCAAGGAUCCGUAUCCAUUGACUGCAACACAGUUUAGGCUGCUUUAUGGACUUUACUUUAUCAGAUUUAAGGUCUACACCAGCUUUGACGAAAUUGAUGAAGUGCUACGUGAGCAGCAUGAGCGACAGCUGCGCAAGGAGAAGGAAAGAAAGUUCAAGAGUUAGUCACAUAAAAGCAGGACCAAAGCUGCUUAAAUAAUAUUCAUGGUAUCCAUGCAAAACAUUCAACUAUUUACUUGUAUAAAUGUCUAUAAAUAUCUUAAAUACAUGCAUAUAUGUAUCAGA